UUUGACAAGGACCGCCAAGCAAUCCACUGGGCUGCUUACAUGGGAGGUUCGUCAUAUGAAGGACAUUCAAGUGGAUGUGACCCCUAACCUGCAAUAGGGGCUCAGUGAGGUGACAGACAUCCUGUAAUGGAUCUCCAGCUAGUGUCUGAGGACCUGGAGAAGGCUGUGUCUACAGCUGUGGGGCAGGACAAGCAUGGGACAGACAUCCUGAACGAAUCUGAUGUCAGAGCUCCCAUCAGCCCUCUACACCUCGCUGCGGUGACGGGUCACGAGGAGUGCAGCACAGUGCCAGCUUCCUGGUUCGGGAAGGUAAGGGGCGGAGCCAUGUCCACCUGGUGGCGGCGUCCGGACACAUCGGGAUACUGGGGUGGCUCCUACACACCGCCCAGUCAGUGUGGACCCUCCCCGUCAUCACAGACAACCAGGGCUACACGCCACUACACUUGGCCUGCUACAACGGAGUCAGAGGUCAGUGGGAAUGACCUCACCCUCAUAGACCUGGGUGACCCCAUCAUUGACGGUGAUGUUAUGAAGGAAGACAGAGAGGUUGAGAGACAGACCAAGUUGGAAGAGGCUGUUCUAGAGACAGAUAUCCCAACUCUGUCACUAGAGGCUGAUGGAGAGAUUGAGAUGCAGGAGGCUGAUCUGAAGACAGAUGGCACAUCUCAGUCACAGGAGGUUGAAGGAGAGAGUGAGUUGGACGAGGCCAUUGUCAUCCCAUCUCAGUCACAGGAGGAGGCCAAAGGAGAGAGUGAGUUGAAUCAGGUUGAUCUGAAGACAUCCACAUCAACUCUGACACUGGAGGUCGAAGGAGAGAGUGAGUUGAAUCAGGUUGAUCUGAAGACAUCCACAUUAACUCUGACACUGGAGGUCGAAGGAGAGAGUGAUUUGAAUCAGGUUGAUCUGAAGACAUCCACAUCAACUCUGACACUGGAGGUCGAAGGAGAGAGUGUGAUGCAGGAGAGUGAUGAUGUAGAAACAGCCGGGCCAUCUCAAUCCCAGGAGACUGAACGAGUGGCAAAGGCUGCAGUGGUGACCUUCACUACCAUGACCCGCAAGGCUGCAGCCUCCCAGACCAGCCUCAGCAGGGGAAAGAGAAGCUACCCAGACCUACACACCUUUGUGCAGGACAUGAAGGAUGGCCAUUGGAAUCUGCUGAGUGAGAAUAUGCGUUCCGGGAUGAGCAGAGAUGAGUUUAGUGCUAGGUGCAUGGAUAUUACAAAUUGGGUAAUGGAGUCUACAUCCACUGUGGUCGUUCCCGCCCUUGACCUCACCAUGCAGAUCAGGCUCUCUGAUUCGUCAAGCUCUUCUGGAUCAGGAAGCAAUGUGGCUAGAGAAGUGACCUCUCUUGGCCGCAGCGUCAGAUUCAGCUUUCGUGGUGGACCCAGUAGACGCACCAGUUCAAGAACUACUUGCAGCACACAAACUCCCACGCCUUUCCCCUACUCUCACAGUUCCAUGACCUCUUUGCUGAGUGUUGACGAAGAGCGAUAUGUCUCCUCACCUGAGGGUGGUGAUAGAGAGAUGAGACACAGACCCCACUCGGCACCACUGAGUUCUGUGUUUGGAAUCUCUGAGGAUUCUGUCUUCAACAUGGUCCAGAGAGGCCAGUCGCAGAGUGAGAUCGUACUGUCGUCCAGUUGGAGUAGACGGGAGAAAUACAGACCUGUCAAAAUACCAACGGACACCAGGUUUAUGAUGGGUAUUGUAGAGUUGGUAAUGAACCUUCUCAAUUCCAGAUUGGCUGAGCUAAUGCGAAGUUUCAGUCAGGGAACUCUAGGUCCGCUGUCUGGUAGUAUCUCAGCAAGUCAGCAGUUUGCCCAAGAAAUGCUAAGCAUGGUGUCUGCUAAGAUGUAUUCCCAUGCCAUAGAGCAUAUUGCGCACGGCCACAAGUCUCCCCUUGAGUUAGAGAGGGAGCUUGAGGCCAUAUUGGGUCCUCUGGCUGGACAGGUUAUAGUCAUCAUCAUAGAUAGCAUCUUUAAGGCUAAAGCCAACGGAAGAAACGAGGGACGAGCGACCAGCCCCUUGACCUAUUUUCUCACUGCCAUCUCAGCAGAAAUACAAAGCCUAGUUGUUCAGAGAUCGGCUAGCAGACCGUCCACCAGACUGUCCAACAACGACCCACUGCUGAACGUUUCCAAGUCAAAGGUCUUAAGAUCAGUUCUGCUCAAAAUGGCAGAACUCUUUGGCCAAGGUCCAAGUGAAACCUGUCUAGUUCCACUAGUCCAGAGUCAGUCCAACAACUCUGUUUGCGACUGGACUCUGAAUGCAGGCACCGUUCAUCCAAGUCAAUUUCUGUCCCACAACAGAAUGACAGAAGUGUCAUCCGAUGUUGUGGAUCUUGUACUUGAGGUUUUUGGGAUAACAGGAUUUUUGGAUAGCAGGAGCCCGUCAAGGCCACAGAGUGCCUGCUCCUACAACUCAGCUAAUGGAGCAAUAGAUAUGAGAGCUCUUGCUGGGGACUUGGUCAGACAGGUGUCUGUCAAACUCAGACCCUUUGUCUCUGAGAGUCAACUCUCCACCAUGUCCAUGACAGAUCUGUCAUCAUCUAUUUCUGACUCCACCUUGAAGCAGUUGUGUUGUAGCUCUGCUGUUGCUGCAGCAACUGUCUGUCAAGCAAUCAAAAUGGAGCUCGAGAACCAGAGACCUACAAACCUGUCAGCCAGAGACCUACUAUCGUCUCUGGUAGAGAGCAUUGAGGACAUGGAUAUUUCUGACAUCCUCCAGGGCCCGUCGGCCAUUUUGGAGGAGGCUGCUAUGAUUAAGCACCCAGAGAUGUCCACCUCGACAAUAUACAGGUCUCUGCUUCUCGACUCAUCUCUCGCCUCCUCUAACAUGGUCACUGAGAGCAUUAUCUUCAACAGCCCACGCCCAUCAGAGGAGAAUGUGAAUAUUCAGAAUGUGCUCCCUGUUGAUAAAGUUGACAUCCUCCAUGGUCAACCAGUGGAGGGGUAUAUCGUCAAAGCUGAGCAAUGCAUCACUCAGGUCAUUCAGGAUGCAGCUGUGACAUAUACUGGCAUGCUGGAUAAAACCGACACUUGUGGGAAACUGUCGGAAGUUCUGUCUAUCUGCGUUUCCGCGGAGAAUAUUGAGGAUGCAUCCUCUGAUCUAUUUGGUGGAAUUAUUUCCGACCUGCAUGAGGUAUCUGAGGUCAAUAAGACCUCCAUGCGUACGAAAUCAGGUCGCAAAAUGUUCUGGAUGGAAGUGAGUUCAGGUUCCCAGAAGAUUUAUACCAAAACCCUGGACAAACUGAGGAAGCUUUUCACCUCUCACCUUCUCACUGAGGGAAAAAAUACUCCUGUGCAAAUUGAGUUCUAUGACACUGGACUACUUGUAACUGAGACCACUGUGGAGGUAUCUCCUGUACAGAAGACAGACAGUAAUACCUCUUCAAUGUCCUCAGCCCACCAGCUCACCCUCGACACCUGCACUAAAGGGGUCAUCAAACAGGUGAUCUCGGUGCUGAGGGUGGAGACUUCAAAGGAAGUCAAAUGCGAGAGCAUGUCAAAUGCAUCCUUCGACUUCAACCAGAAGUUGGACUCUAUAAUUUCGAAAUUGGAGAGCCUCACCAUUUCGAGUGAGUCAUCCAAGAUUGCCACGCUCACGCGAUCUCGUAGUGUAGCCAGCAGAACCUCUAACAUUUCCAUCCAGAGCUUUCACAGUGCUGAGUUCCGAGCUACGGCCAAACAGAUUGUGCGUGAGGCCAUUCUCAGAGCUGCUAGCGAAGCCAACUGUUCUUUGCCACAGAGCAUGCCUAGCAGCACCUUCUCACACCAUGUGGUUUCUACAACUGAAGACAUAGUGAAUAUGAUCAUGCAAGACCUUGAAAGUCUAUCCCAGUACACAGUGGAGGACGCAGACUCCUUCCCACUAGGAGAGAAAAAGCUGCAGUCCCAGCUCAAUCCCAGAGUUGUCUUUGACACCUUAUUGGAUGCUGCUCAAACCAUGUACCACAGAGUAAAGGACAGACUGAACGUCUUUUUGUCUUUUCCACCCGUGUCAGUCACCACAGCCAAAGAUGUGCUGGACUCCACCCCUGUGGAGACACUCAGAUGCUCAAAGUCCCCUGACACUGCUCUUGUUAAGGACAGGAGCCGCCCUCCGUCUGUGAGAAGUGAGAAGCCAUUUUCAAAAGUCAGUUUGACUAAAAGGUCUAAAGCCCUUGUGUCUUCGAGUGGCUCCUCCACAGACCACCAUGUAAUUGACACAUGCAGUGAGGAUGUCACUCUGAGUAUGUCAGUUGUGAGCGACACCAGUUUGAAGAGAGCCUCUCCUCUCCAUGGUAGUGGAUUGAGUGCAAGUUGUGAACCUCUUGUGGCUCUACAAGACGGAACAGUGGCAGUCAGCCAAGAAGGCUUUAGCAAAACUGCAAAGAAGACGCUCAGCUUGAUCCUAAAUGUGAUCAAGUGCAGAUUGGCCAACUCUGAGAGUUCAUCUGUUGGGCAGAAUGCAAGUGAGGAGUGUCUGAUAGCCACUAACAUGUUAGACUCUCUACUGGAGAGCCUUGACCUGUUGCCUGACAUGAGUGCUGCCAAUGAGAUCACAAGGACAGAAUGCCAUACCUCUAACGCAAUGGACAAGACAGGUUCACAGUCAGCGCUUGUGAGUCAACAAGAAAUAAACAUAUCUGACACCAGUAUCAUAGUGAAAACUAUAAUGGACACAUUGAAGACAGACGACCCAGAGAUGACUACAGCAGAAGAAAAUCUGGAUAGGCUCCUGUCAAUUGAAGCCCUUCAAGAUGCGUCUGGCAACCUGAUCGCAAAGGUCCAUGGUCUCAUUCAGGAGAUAACCAUAAGCCGCCAGCUUCAAUCCACGACUGGCCACAGAAGCCUCUCUCAACCAGCGCUGCCAAAGCCAGCACUGAGGAAGCUGUCAAAGGACGAUGCGUCAGAGCUCAUUUACAGCUUUGCCCAGACUUCUGUUAGCAGACUCCUGGGACAGUGUUUGGGUAGGCCUAUGCCACCCACCGCUGACAGGGUUUUGGAUCAGGUCAUCAAGUUGAUGACAGACAUGGUGAUGGACAGCCUGACUGAUCUGUCCAAGUCUGCAAUGGAGGAUGUUAUUGUACCCAGGUCGGUCACACCAGCUUGCUCUUCUUACUUAGACACCAGCCAUGCCGCAAGUGACAUCACUCAUGGUGUUGUGGCUGACCUUAAUGCUACUGAGGAAUUCCCUGCCAGGGGCCUUAGCCCAGCUGAUGUAAAGGCUGACGGCAUGGCCCACCUUCCCUCUGCCAGGGGGGAAGAGACUAAGGAGAACAGGAAGUGGCAUUUCCUACCCAAAAUUAUCAAGAUUCCAAAGAUCAGGAUUAAGCUAUUCAAGACAAAAGGGGAACCGAAGAGCCACCCUGAACAGGAUUCUCUGCCUACCAAACGUCUCAGAGAGACUCGUAUUUCACAGGAUGCUGAGUGUGAGGUUCUAUCCACUUCCCCACCCAAGGAGGCCCUGACAACCACACUGGCCCCUGCUCCCCAGGAGUCCCAGUCCCGUAAACGCCCUCUCAUAGUCAGGGUGUUACGAGCUAUCUCCAGAGCCGUCUCCAAACCAUUCAGAAAAGCUUUUGGGAAGAAGAAUUAGCCAAAUGCCGGAUUUUAUUACUAUUUUAAUCAGAGCCUUUAUUUAAUAAAACAUUACUGCAUUGA